GUAGAGUGACGCGUUCCGUCGGUGUUCGGCGAGCGCCCGCUGCCGUUUCAGGUUAUGUGACAUUGGGACAUUGAGCAGGACACCUACGCGCUGGAGCCACUGCAUGUUCUGAGCCUAGGGGACAUCUGGACAGCAGGUGAAGGAAUACGUGGGGGACAGAUUAAGGACGCAGACUGGGAUGCGUAAAAGCAGCUGGAUGAGAAGUGCGCGGCGCUCGCUCCCUGAGGGUUUCCUAACAGAUUUGUCUCUCAGGUCAACUCUGCGCACUAAGUUUCUCAGCACGGACAGUUUGAUCUUUUUUAUUGUUUAGGAAUGUUUCCCCCUGAAGCGUCUUAAUUUCGUAAGUGCCAACUUAUACACGUGUGCAAGUAAAUGAUGUACACAAUCACCAGGGGUCCUAGUAAGCUGGCCACUCAGCGACGGACAGGGCCUACUCAGCAGCCGGACAGCAAAACAAGUGACUUCAAACAUAAACAGACGUCCUGGAACAUGCCUGACCUCCCUGCACCCAGGAUAGUUUUCAAAAGCCAGAAUGGGAAGAAGUACCAUCAUCCUGCACCGGCUCUCCCAGCAGACAGUCGACAGGAAAGUUUCUCCCCCCUCCAUGAGGAGAAUGUCACGUUCAUAUCUUCCGCCUGGCAGGAGGUGAUCCAGCAGCAGCAGGAGGAGGAGGUGGAGGUUUCCCAAAGAGCUGUUCACUACAGAGAAACAACUCCAGGGACGCACAUUGAUGGUUUUGUGCCCUUGGAUCUGGAUGAAUGGUGGGCCCAGCGCUUUUUAGCAAACAUUGACAAGCUCUCCUGACGCUGAAGAGGGUUUGUGGCCCUCUUGCCAAAGGUUUCGCCCUGCUGUAAGGCGGCUGACGCGGUGGAAACCCGGGCUGCUGGCUCCAAGUGCCUGAACAUGGUUCCCAUGGACUGAGCAUGCUGGGAUGCUGCUGCUGAAGCAGAGAAUCACUUCAACUGAACUUAGUCCACAUCUGAUUGUUGAGUCUGAGACAAACAAGGACGACUACAAGCUGAAGUUCUAAUGUUUUGAUGCUCACAGAUGUUCUGCUAACAUGCAGUAAAAAAAAGUGUUUAAAUAA